AUGGACGAAUCUGUAAAACCUCCGUCGGAACAUACGACCCGUGAAUCUUCUCCAGUCGCAGAUAUUCCAAAAACCGAGACGGAACCAUCAGUCGAUCAACCGCAACUGAAAUUAGUUUCAUACGCUUCGACAAGUGAAAGCGAUAAUUUGGAUACUUCAAUGGACGUUUCCAUGAACGAAGAACCGAAAGAAGAAAAGAAAGUAGAUUUGGAAGUCCCUUUGGAAGUAGAUCCGGUAGUGGAGAAACAGGAAAGCGAAACUCAAGAAUCGGCAGUUCCGCAUGAAGAAAAUCCAGAAAAGGAUGACUCAUCAACAAAAGAAGCUGUAGUGGAAGAAGAAAAGGCGGAACUUUCUGUUAAAGUUGAGGAGAAGCCAGAAAAAGCUUCAUCGCACUCGCCGGAACCAGAAACUUUCGAAAAAACCGGCCCUCCGAUGCGGAAAAGAGCUCAUUCUGAUGCGAAGGCCGUGAUCGCAUCUCUUCCAGGGUUGAUUUGGCCCCAUUUAUUUCAAAAAUCAGGAUAUUUAGAGCCGAAGAAGAGCCAAGGAUCAGACGAACAACUCGGGAAAUCAAAAGACCCAAGUUUGACGAUGAAUUGGUCGACAGUGGGAUCAAGUAUUCUCCUGUUAAGGUUGGAUUUUUGUUUUUUGUGCAGAAUUUGAUUUGUUUUAAAGGCGAAAAGGAGUUUGACCGGUGUUCCGGCUGUAGUUGGAGCUCGUUCCCACUCGAAUUCGGAGUCUGUCGAGGUACAGCAACGUUCGAAUUCUUCUUCCAGCAAUGGUAAUUUUCUUCAAAUUCUUGAAAUACACAGUUUAUAGAAAGUUUAUAAUAUAAGGAAUUUUUUUCUGUAUUAAAAAUUAAAAUUUUUAAACUGUGAGUUCUCUAGUUGUGAAAUAAAUUGGGUGUUUUUUUCUACCAUAAAAUGAAAUAUUUCAGUAAAAAAAUGAGAAGACCGGUUUCCAGUUAAAAAAACAAUUUUUUUUCCAAGGAAACUGAUUUUUUUAACUCUCAAAAAUCUGGAAAAAUUGUCUAAAAUUUGUCAGAAAAAGUCGAUGAAGAUGAGUCGAUAGGAAAUUUUAAAAAAAUUGAAUUCAAAAACCUUAAAUUAAAGUUUGGAAUGAAAGUAAAAAAACAAUGGUUAUUCAGUGGACCUAGCCUUUGAUGAACGGGAAAUUUGAAGUACUAUUCGAGUUUAUCUAAGAUUGAAACAGGAAAAUGAAAUUUCAAUGAAUUUAAUCCAAUCUUUUUUGCAUAGAUUUCCUAUUUACUCCUUGUUUUUAAUUUUGUCCAAUUUUAGAAGUACUCCAGAGUACUCCCUAUAGGGGAAAAAAAUCCAUACAGGGCUCGAAAAAGUGGUCCUUAUAGGGUUAAAAUUAAGGUGAUCCCUAUAGGGGUCUUUCAAUUUCGUUCAAAAACGCUUAUUGAUUCAGUUUUUCUAAUGGAAAUGCUUCUUCGUUUGGAGUUCAUAACAAUUAUCAUUAAGCAUUUCCCCUAUAGGGCUCACUUUUGCAAGAUUUAGUGAUCCCUUUAGGGGUUGUUAAAGUGUCCCAUAGAGUGGACUCUCCAAGGGACCACUCUAGGGUUCCUAAGUAUUGACCGUAAACCUAUCGCUUUUUUAAUCAAGGUGUUAUGAAUAUUUAGAUUUCAAAUCACGAAUUUGGAAAAAAUGGGAAAUUAUAAUUCCGCCUAACUUUUGAAUACCUUUUUUGAUUUUUUGUGAGUGUUCCUAUGGUCUUUAAGUAUUUAUUUAUCGCAAACUGAAUAAACUGAGGAUUCAAGGAACAAACUCGGAAAAAGGCGAGACCCCCGAAUCAUCAACUCCAACGCCGACGAUUCGCGAAAGAAUUCCUUCCAUUUCCAAAUCCAGAGCCUCGAAAAAAGAACCCUCGAAAGGCGAGAAAAAUCAGGUUCUUUUUAUUGAAAAUCUUCAAUUUUUAUUGAUUUUCAACUCAGGAAGACGCUUCAGUUCCCUCUCAUUCCAAAGCAGAUUCCAAGAUUUCUCUGAAGAAAAGGAUCGCGACUAGCACCGAUGAGAAACAAGUUUCAGGACUUUUUAGUGAAAAUUCAUGAUUUUCGCGAAUUUCCAGACGUCGGAGGCGACCGGAGGCGAAGAAACAGUCGCAAAACCGGAAGUGAGGAGAAAAAUCGCGAACAAAGACAUUCGGAGCAAGGUAGGGAUUCUCGAUUUGUGGAAACGUUUCUGAUUUUGACUGAAACAGGAAGAAAAUAUUGAGAUUCCACAGUAAAUUAGUAGUUCAGUUUUUUCUAACUUUCUUUUUUCUCAAAUAAUUUUUAUACAUAUGCAGAUUCGAAAAAGGGUCGAAAAAGGCUCCAUAGAAAUGUUCCUGCCGUUUUGCGCCAUUUUCUCAGCCCUUAUGCACCAUUUUUGUUGCCUCUCCCUUUUUCCACCAUUUCUUGAGCCUUUGAAAUCCCAGAAAAAUCGAUAGAGAGACCCUUUUUGCAACCUUUCUGCGACCUUUUUUGAGCCUCUCCCUUUUAGCGGCCAUUAUCCACCAUUCCAACUUUGCCUGAGUAGUUUUUUUCCACCAUUUUUUUGUCGUUCUUUAUUAAUUUUAACUCUUAAAUUUGUUUUUUUCUAAAAAAAGAAUUUUUUUGGUGCCAUUUGAUAAGUAAGUGCACUUCAACGGCAACAGAUUUCAAAAAAAUGAAAAAAAUUUAAUAAUAGAUCUUUCUUCCGAGUUAGAGUGCUUCAAAAAAAUCGCAAACGAUACAAAUUUUCAGUAGAAAUUUUCUGGAUACUAGAGGCUUUAAAGAGACUUUCGUGUUUUUUUCAAUAAAUUUUCUUUUUCUGUUUUGUCACCCUUCUUGGUUUGACGUGAAAUUGAAUUUUGUCAAGGGCAAAAAAGUGUUGAAUAAGAUUAAAGAGCACUUUUCGACAAAAAUGGGAAAACUCAGAAAAAAAAGCGAGUUUUUAUAUAGUCUGUGUGGCACGACUUGAAAUUUCACGGAACGACAUUCCGCUGUUCCGCUGCGUGCGUUCGCGAAGCGUCUUUCGAAUCUAGGUCACGCUUUCAAUUGAUUGUUAUUGCUGUGGGAGCACAUGAAAGUAGAGCACUUAAAUAAAAAUUAAAAAGCGCGACCGCGGUUCGCAAAGGCGCGCAACGGCACAGCGGAAUGUCGUUCCGUGAAAUUUCAAGUCGUAUAAAUAUAUUGGCCAGAAUUUUCGAAAAACUGAUUUCGAAACUCGUCAUAUAGUGAAGAAAUAGGUACUUCAAAACCGUUAACACCUUAAUAAGGCUAAAAAAACGUUUCGAGUUUUGAAAACUUUAUAAAAAUGUGACCGACUUUUCCAGCAAAAAUGAUUUCAGGAGGUAGCCGCGGCAACGGAAGCCGCCGAAUCCAUGGCGAAUGAUGAUUUGCGUGCGUGGACCGUCACGGACGACGUCUCCUUGAUCACGGCAGCUACUCAUGUUUAUAUUUGUGAUUAUUGAUUGAAUCAACUUUUAAUUGAUUGACAGGUCGGCGACCUCACGGCCGUCUAUCAGAACGUCCGCUUCAGUCAGCCGUUCUCUUUGACCGAUGUUGAAGAAAGGUGAGGUUAAGGGUUCUUUAAAGGGGUUUUUAAGGUAAGGUUAAAGAGGGAGAUGUAGUAGAUUUAUUAAGGAUUUAUUAAGGUGAGGUUAAAGAUUUAUUAGGUUUGGCUCAGAGAUUUAUCGAGGUUAUCUUAAAGUUUUGUUAAGGAUUGAUCAAGAUAAAGUUAAACAUUUAUGAAGUUUUUAUUAAGGAUUCAGUAAGGUAAGGUUGAAUAUUUAUUAGGUUUUGUUAAGGAUUUAUUAAGGUAAUGUUACAGUUUCAUUAGGGAUUGAUCAAGGUAAGGUAAAGGUAUCAAGUUUCAUUUAAUGUUAUUAUGGUAAGGUAAAAUAUUUAUUAGGUUUUGUUAAGGGCUUAUUAAGGUGUUGUUAAAUAUUCACCGUUUUAUUAAGGACCCAUUAAGGUAAGAUCAAUCAUUUAUCGGCCUUCAUCUCACAGUAAAAAAAGUUAAAAAUCUUGAAAGUCCUACUAUUUUUCAUAUUGUUCAUCCUUUUUUUGUUUUUACUAUCACAAAAUCAACUAAAAAGCCUUCAAAUUCCUUUCAUUCUGACUUUUCUUGUUAAUUCUACAAUGUUUUGUCACUAAAUUCAUCAGAUAAAGAGUUUUUCAGUUAUUUUUUCAUAAAACAAGAAGUUUUUGCAAUUUCAGAUGGUACAAGCUGCUGUACAACGAGCCGUUCUCGAAACUAGCCCGUAAAAGGAUCAGCGAAUUGACGCCGGAAGACCUUCUGAGGAUUCAGGUUGGAAAAAAUAUCAAAAAAAAAAGAUUUUUUCGUUACGAAUUUGCUUGAUAAUUCUACCUGUUUUUAUUAAUAAUCUAUAUUUUUUAGAGAGUUUUAUCAAUUAUUUUCCUACAAAAACUGUCGUGGAUUUAAUUUGUCUCAUUUUGAUCUUAAUUAAGAUUUUUCUAAGGAUUUUUUUCAGGUGUUUUUCAAGGUUUUGAGCUUGAUUUUUAAACUACAAGACUCCAUUUUUCUUGAAGGUUUUUAUCAUUUAUUUUCUUCAGAAUCCAUCCUCCAUUUAUUUUUUUCUAAUUUUGAUAUCAUAAAACAGAUUAUCAGGCAAACUUUCACAUUUUCAAGUGUUUAAGAUUGAAUUAAAGCCUUCAAAGUCCGAAAAAAAGACCCAAUUUUUUUAGAUUUUUUUGUCAAAAAAAUUGCUAGAAUUUCGAUAGUUUUCAAGAAAAAUAAAGAAAAAAAGCAAAAAAAUAUACGAUUUCCUGUACAUUUUCACUUGGAACAUAACCCCUCGAGGAAGCAUUUCUAUACCUCAGUGAUAUACGUUUCAGAAAAAAAUAAUUAAAGUUUUUUUCUCGAAAAAAAGUUGAAACGUUAGUCUUCCAGCGGCAGUUAAACAUGGUGAAUUGAUUUUGAGCUUUAAAAAUUAUAACGAUUUAUUAAUCAAUCAUCAAAUCAAAAAAAUCAAAAAAAUUUUUUUAUUUCUCACAAGUACUAAAAUUCACGGAAUAGAUGUAGGGAGGUUUCAGGAUUAUUUAGGCAAAUUUCAGAAAAAACAUAAUAUUAUUUUAUUUUUGACAGGUGCCAGAAAUUCAUCUGCGCAUUAAUUUCUUGUUAUUAUUGAAAAAAAGGCGGCAAAAAUGACACUUUUUGGCUUUUUUUUAGUUUUUAUGAACCUCGGAAAAGGAAAAAAGAAAAAAACUAUGGAAAUCUGUGGAAAAAAAAGCGAAAAUUGGAAAUAUUCUUGUUGAGGCUACUUCAAAGCCUGUUUAGUUGAAAUUUCUGAAGUUUUACAUAGGAACUCCAGAGUGAUCCCUAUAGGGACAACAUUAGGGGCCCUUAAAAGGUCUUCUCUAGGACCACUUUACCAACUCCUAUAGGGGCCACUAAAGCUCGUAAAAGUGGUUCCUAUAGGGUUUUAGUUAGUUAAGCGUGUUUUGAUUGAAGUUAAAAGAUCCCUAUAGGGGCCACUUGAGCUUUAGCGGCUAUGGGGUCAGACCCUGAACCCUUAUAGGAACACCUUAACUUUACCCCUAUAGGGACCACUUUUUCGGCCCCUAUAGGAACUGUUUAUUUUCCUAACCCCUAUAGGAACCACUCUGGAAUCCCUAAUUAAACUGUUUUUUGCGGGCUUUUUUCAUUUCGAGCUCAAAUUUUUGUGGUUCAAACUUCUUUUAUAGGGAAAAAGCUCAAACUUCAAAAAAAAAAAUAGUCAGAAAUGGAUGUUUUUUUCCAGUCAAGAACCGCGUUCACAAAAGAAGAAGAAAUGGUUCUGGCCGGAAUUCCGGCGAAUCCGCUUCCAACUCUCCAGAUUCUGGAAGCCCUGCUCAAAGAGCACAGGUGAGAAGAUUCCAAUUAACCUGAAAAUAAUUAUUUUGUUUGCAGGGAAAAGUUCCAUUCGGCACGGACGCCGCAAAUCCUUCACGAUCAUUGGCAUCGCAUGAAACAGUUUCGUUUUUUUUUCUUUUUCUCAAAAAAAAGAUGAAAAGGGUUGGAAAAUCUUCUUUUUGGUAUCAGACUCCCUGUAAUUUUCGAGAAGUUCCCACAAAAAAAACGGGAACAGAAAAAUUCAUUUUUCGUUUUUGAUGGAAUUUACCCACUUUGAUCAUCAGAAAUGUGGACCCAAUUUUUUGAGCCAUUUUCUCUUACUGUAGCCGAGUUACUGUAGUAAUGUACCUCACUAUAAUCAGGUUACUGUAGGCAGGGUAUCACCUGCUUAUCUAGGAAUUAUCAAUCGAUAGAUAGUUCAAUUUUGAGACUUCUACAGUAUACCACGCCGUGGGUUACUGUAGAAAUAUUUUGAGAUACGGUGCUUUUUUGUUGUUUUUUUUGUCCCUUUCUAAAAUAUGGAAAAAAAAAAAUUAAAGUUUAUAUCUUCCCAAUCAAUUUUUUUCAUUCAUUUUUUUGCUUUUUUUGAUCGGCUCCUAUUAAUAAAUAUGCAUGAUAAACGAGAAAAAAAGCCCUGUUGAAUAAAAAAAUGAGCCAUUAGUUGAUGUUCCAUGAAAAAUUUCGAUUUUAUUCAGAAACAAUCUUCUGACUCAAUUCGUUCUUCUCGAAUACCAGCCGCCGAUCGACUGGGAACGUGUGGAACGGUCUACAGAGCUCAACAAUGAUCUCUGUUUCGAUUAUCAGAGGCCCUUGAGGUAUAAAAAAAAGAAAAAAAAAGUCUCUGAUUGUUGAAAAAAAGGAGUUUUCCACUGAAAAAAGAUUUUAGAACAGCCAUCGCCCGUACUCGAAUCGCGGCGCCUUAUCAAAAAGUGGCCGUGGCGCCAGUCACCGGAAUCGCCACCGAAAAGUUCUCCGAGACGGUCAUCGCCGUCAUGAAAGGAAGAGUUGUGAGGUUAGUAGAAAAAAAAAACAGUCUUCGACAGUUAGAGAGCGUUGAAAAAUGAGAGAGCGGCCGUUUUUUUCUCUGAACCCUCUCUUGUUUACCAGUGCUCUCUAGCUUUUGGAGAUUUGGUCGUAGACCAAUGGAAAAGAAUCUUCUUAAAAUGCGUCAAUAUUUACUACCUACUCUCUGCGCCCUCCCUGUCUCUCGGGGACCCUCUCAUGUUGCCGUGAUGUUUUCAUUUUUCUCUGACCUCGUGAGAGAACAGAGAGACGCAGACACGCGAAAAUUGUCUUACCGAUUAAACUACUAAAAAAAGGGCAAGCAGUGAGAAAUGAGAGAAAAAAAUCAUUCAAAAUACACCAAAAUGGAUCCUUAAGAAAAUAUUAUCCAUGGAGCGCAUUUGCAUUAAAAUUGAAUAAAUCAGCAGAUUUUUUUUUGAGAAUUUUUUCAAUUGUGAGCUUUUUUCGCCCGCAAAAUUAUGAAAAAAGGAAACGUUCAGAAUUUUUGAGCUUAGUAUUAUUAACCCUAGAAAAGAAAAACUCGUCUAAGCUAUGAAUAAAUCGCUUGACAACAGCCUUUGCAUUUUUCCGAACAACCUACCCAAAAAUUUCAGGAUCACCUUCCAAUUUUCGCUUGAAAAUUGUCUCAAUGGAGCUUAUUAUCGCAACUUUCUUUUUUUCUAGUCUUUUAUAGUUUUCGUUUGAGAUUUGUCGUCCGAACCGACAAAAUUACGAUUGGCCGCUCGACGCCAAGAUGCCGUGUAGAUGUGGACCUUUCAUUGGAAGGACCGGCUACCAAGGUGAGAUAAGAAAGCAUCGGUCGCAUUUGGAAUGGCUCGGCGCGUCGCGGUCGCAGUGCGGUUGAAAAAUAUCGUCAUAUUUCAACGCUGGUUUGAAGGGAAUUUCGUAUAAAUGCGGAAAAAAUGGCUUCGAAGUUUGUGUAGCACUUUCGUCCCAAGCUUUUAUGGAUUAUGAAGCCGAUGAGAAAUUUAACAGCUUCGCCACGCGAAAGCCGUUUUGAGUCGGGCGCGUUUUGAAAAAUGCGCAUUACGCGACGACCAUUGGUUUCUGGUUUUCGGCGUAAAGAUGGUAAAACUCGAUUUUUAAUUUGCAGAUCGUUUCCUUCUUAUUUUUUCUCUCGAUUCCCAUUACUCAUAACUCUGAUCAGUUUCAAUCUAUUUUCUCUGGCAGAUUUCCCGCCGACAAGCCAUCCUGGACUAUAACCGUGAAACCAACGAGUUUAUCAUCGAAAAUAUUGGCGGAAGGCCAAUUUUCGUCGAGGGAAAAGCUGUCGCGACCAAUAUGAAGGUGAUUUCGAUGAUCUCAAUACUUUUAAUUAAAAUUUCCUAAAAAUUAGUUCAUUUUUAGCUUUCCUAAACAAAGUAUCAUUUCCUGAUUCCUACGAAAAAUUUUGGCCUAACUUUGUGAUUGACCCUUUCAAGAACUCCAUCUAGUACAUUAAGAAGAAGGCCAAUUUUCAAAUAAAUUCCCAACCGCAAAAUAAAAUAACUCUCAAACUUUCAAGACGCAAGUAAAGGACAACUACGUGAUCGAAAUCGCCAACAUCCGGCUCGUCUUCAAAGUCGCGAUCCACUGUCCGGCGACGCGGCCCGCAGUCCCCGCCCCGCCACAGCCCGUCGUCGGCCCUAAAGUGCCCGUAGGCCCUCAGGUCACCGGCCUGAAAGCCGUCGGCCUGCCUCCCCAAGGACCCGCCUACGUGCAGCGCGUGCAGCCGCAGAUGAACCAGCAGCUGCAGCCGCGAGUCCAGUCGCUCCUCCAGACGCACGCGCAGCCCCGAAUCCAGCUCCAGCCCCAGCAGCGACUCCAGCCGCGGGUCCAGCUCCAGCCCAAGCUUCCCAUUAUCAGCCCGUUUGCCAAAAUGCUCGUCCCGCAGGCCUCCCAGCCCUCUUCCAGCCAUCCCUCGCCUCUCGGAAUUCCCAAAGGUCCUUAUUGA